UGAAAUAUCUUUCUGCAUUUAAUGUAACGUCUAUAAUUGCAAUGCACGCUGUUUGUGAAUAGGCCUUCGGUUUAAAUUUUACAAAUGAUUCUUAAAAAAAAAAAGAUCUGACUGCGGAUCUAAUUGUGCUUAUCGGUUCAGUGUUUUUAAAUGUUACGCUAAAUAAACGUCAACCGACAUAAAGCUCGUGAGACUAGAUGGGAAAACUGGAGAGAAAUUUGGUGUAAGCCGAGAAAGGUCCGCAGCCGCGACACCACACGCGGUGAUGCUUUUUAUAGCUCAUGAUUUCAUUUUAUGGGAGCCGAUGGGAGGAAACCGACCCCAGUCCUGCGGGUCCGAGGCUCCGAGACGCGCUUUUCAAGCUGCGAGUCAUGUGACCCGGCUGCGCCGCUGUCCGCUCACCUCAAUGCACGUCUGAUCAUUUCAAAGGCAGUCCCCGGCGUUCACACACCAUGUAUACCAGUGUCUGAUACACCGGGCUUUCCCUUUAUAUUCAGGACUGUAGGUUCUGCUCCGUUUUCAGUCCAAGGCAGCAGCGUGAUUGCAGCAGCGGAUGGGAUCGCCGGGCUGUGGUCCGCCGCUGAUGGGAAAGUAAAUAUGUGUUUGGGGGUCUGGAGCUGAGAAAAUGUGAGGAGCCGCAAGCUUUUCUCCCUCGGCGGGUUUACGGAGCAAAAUGCAGAAAGGAAUGCGAAUCAAUGAUGGGCACAUCACUUAUCUGGGUCUUCUGGCAAAGAAGGAUGGCACCCGACGCGGCUGCUUGAGCAAAAAGAGCUCGGAUAACACGAAAUGGCACACGAAGUGGUUUGCGCUGCUGCAGAACAUGCUGUUUUAUUUCGAGAACGAUUCGAGCUCCCGGCCAUCAGGAUUAUACCUGUUGGAAGGAUGCGUGUGCGACAGGGCACCGUCCCCAAAACCCCCUCUCUCAGGCAAGGAGUGUUUAGAGAAGCAGUAUUAUUUCACUGUCAGCUUUAACCACGACAACCAGAAAGCACUGGAGCUGAGGACCGAGGAUGUGAAGGACUGUGACGAAUGGGUGGCAGCAAUAUCGCAUGCCAGUUACAGGAACCUGGCCACUGAGCAUGAGACCCUCAUGCAGAAGUACCUCCAUCUACUCCAGAUUGUGGAGACAGAGAAAACGGUUGCUAAGCAACUCCGACAACAGAUAGAGGAUGGGGAGAUAGAGAUCGAGCGCCUGAAAUCGGAGAUAGCAGGCCUGCUGAAAGACAAUGGGAAGAUUCAGUCUGCCCCAGCGGUAGCCCCGAGCGAUGAGGACACAGAGAUCAAGAAGAUCAAAAAAGUGCAGAGCUUCCUGCGCGGCUGGUUAUGCCGGCGGAAGUGGAAGACCAUCAUCCAGGACUACAUCCGCUCGCCGCAUGCGGAGAGCAUGCGCAAACGCAACCAGGUGGUGUUCAGCAUGCUGGAGGCCGAGGCCGAGUACGUGCAGCAGCUGCACAUCCUGGUCAACACGUUCCUGCGGCCCCUACGCAUGGCCGCCAGCUCCAAGAAGCCGCCCAUCACCCACGACGACGUCAGCAGCAUCUUCCUGAACAGUGAAACUAUCAUGUUCUUGCACCAGAUCUUCUAUCAAGGCCUGAAAGCCAGGAUAGCGAGCUGGCCAACACUGGUGCUGGCUGACCUCUUCGACAUCCUGCUGCCCAUGCUGAACAUCUACCAGGAGUUUGUGAGGAACCAUCAGUACAGCCUGCAGAUCCUGGCUCACUGCAAGCAGAACCGGGACUUCGACAAGCUACUGAAGCAGUACGAGGCCAAGCCGGACUGUGAGGAGCGCACGCUGGAGACCUUCCUCACCUACCCCAUGUUCCAGAUCCCCCGCUACAUACUGACCCUCCAUGAGUUGCUAGCCCACACGCCACAUGAACACAUAGAGAGGAACAGCCUGGAUUACGCCAAGUCAAAGCUGGAGGAGCUUUCCAGAAUCAUGCAUGACGAGGUCAGUGAGACGGAGAACAUCCGAAAGAACCUGGCCAUCGAGCGCAUGAUUAUAGAAGGGUGUGAGAUCCUCCUGGACACCAGCCAGACGUUCGUCAGGCAGGGGUCCCUCAUUCAGAUCCCGAUGACGGAGAAGGGGAAGAUCACCCGGGGACGGCUGGGCUCGCUAACCCUCCGGAGGGAGGGCGACAGGCAGUGUUUCCUUUUCUCGAAGCACCUGAUCAUCUGCACCAGGGGCUCCGGCGGGAAGCUGCACCUGACCAAGAAUGGCGUGCUGUCCCUCAUCGACGGCACCCUGAUGGAGGAUGCUGAAGGCACGGACGAUGAAGCAAAACCUGAGAAGGACACGGAGCACCUGGAUUUCAAAAUCGUGGUGGAGCCCAAAGAUAGUCAAGCCUUCACGGUCAUCUUGGUGGCUUCCUCACGCCUGGAGAAAUCUGCGUGGACCAGUGACAUCAGCCAGUGCAUAGACAACAUCCGGUGCAAUGGCCUCAUGAUGAAUGCCUUCGAGGAAAACUCAAAGGUCACGGUGCCUCAGAUGAUCAAGUCGGACACCAGCCUGUACUGUGAUGACGUGGACAUCCGCUUCAGCAAGAUGAUGAACUCCUGCAAGGUGCUGCAGAUCCGCUACGCCAGUGUGGAACGGUUGCUGGAGCGGCUGACGGACCUGCGUUUCCUCUCCAUCGACUUUCUCAACACCUUCUUGCACUCCUACCGCGUCUUCACCACCGCCGAUGUGGUGCUGGACAAGCUCAUCGCCAUCUACAAGAAGCCUAUCAGUGCCAUCCCAGCUAGAUCGCUGGAGCUUUUCUUCGCCAGCAGUCAGAAUAACAAGCUCCUGUACGGGGAGCCGCCCAAAUCCCCAAGGGCCAGCCGGAAAUUCUCCUCUCCUCCGCCCCUCUCCAUCGGCAAGACCUCGUCUCCGAACCGCCACCGCAAGCUCUCGCUCAACAUCCCCAUCAUUACGGGGGGCAAGGCGCUGGACCUGGCUGCCCUCAGCUGCUCCACCAACGGCUACGCCAGCAUGUACUCCUCCGUGUCCCCGUUCAGCAAGACCACGCUGGACAUCAGCAAGCUGUACGUCUCAAGCGCCAUGUCAGGCAAGAUGGCAGAUGAGCCUGAGCUCAGGGCCGACAGAGGCGAGGAGCCGCCUCUCUGUAAGCAAGACACCACCGUGAGGGAGGAGUGUGAUGACGGCAAGGUCCAGAGCGAUGACGCCGAAACAGAGACGUCGCCGAACAAGUCCCCCACGACCCCCAAAACCACGAGAUGCAAAAAUGCCUCAGAUUUCUCUCUCUUUUCCUACAACAACGGGUUGGUGAUGUCGCCCUGCCGCGAGCUGGACGCCACACGCAGCUCCCUGUCCGCUGCCUCGGCCUUCGCCAUUGCCACCGCGGGCGCCAACGAGGGCACGCCCACCAAGGAGAAGUACCGCCGCAUGUCGCUGGCCGGCACGGGGUUCCCCACCGACCAGAGGAAUGGUGACAAGGAGUUUGUCAUCCGUAGGGCAGCGACCAACAGGGUUCUCAAUGUUCUGAGGCACUGGGUAUCCAAACACUCACAGGAUUUUGAGGACAGCAACGAACUGAAACUGAAGGUGAUCGGCUUCCUGGAGGAAGUCAUGCAUGAUCCCGAGCUGUUGACCCAGGAGAGGAAGGCUGCAGCCAACAUCAUCAGAACCCUGACCCAGGAGGAUCCGGGAGAGAACCAGGCGACUAUUGAGGAGCUGAGACAGCAGUCCGCUGAGGUGAAGGCCGAGCCGUUCGAGAACCACUCUGCCCUGGAGAUCGCAGAGCAGCUGACCAUGAUGGACCACCUGGUCUUCAAGGUCAUCCCUUAUGAGGAAUUUUUUGGCCAAGGGUGGAUGAAGAACGACAAGAAUGAGAAAACGCCGUACAUAAUGAGUACGACCAAGCACUUCAAUGACAUGAGCAAUCUCAUCGCCACGGAGAUCCUGCGCUGUGAUGACAUCACCGCGCGGGUGGCGGUGAUGGAGAAGUGGGUGGCGGUGGCCGACAUCUGCCGCUGCCUGCACAACUACAACGCCGUGCUGGAGAUCACCUCGUCCCUCAACCGCAGCGCCAUCUUCCGCCUGAAGAAGACCUGGCUGAAGGUGUCCAAGCAGACAAAGGCAGUGAUUGACAAGCUGCAGAAGCUGGUCUCCUCUGAGGGCAGGUUUAAAAACCUAAGAGAGGCUUUGAAGAACUGCGACCCCCCCUGUGUGCCCUACUUGGGGAUGUACCUCACGGAUCUGGCCUUCAUCGAGGAAGGCACCCCGAACUACACCGAGGACAACCUGGUCAACUUCUCCAAAAUGAGGAUGAUUUCCCACAUCGUCAGAGAAAUUAGGCAGUUCCAGCAGACAGCCUACAAGAUUGAGUAUCAGCCGAAGACAGCACAUUACCUGCUUGACCACAGUUCUCUCCUGGACGAAGAAGGCCUGUAUGAAGCAUCCCUCAGAAUCGAGCCUAAAGUGCCUUCCUGAAGCGGAUUGCCUGGCACUGGGGGCUGUAGUUUGUACAUAAAAUCUGUUUCUGACUCCAUGUUGGACGUACCUUUCUCUAUGUGCUCCUGAAAGGACUUGCGUGUCCUUGGCCAUUAGACAUCUAGCUCGCCUUCAUAUGUAUACAGACGGAGAUGUAGGCAAACCUGGAUGCUUUACUAUCCACGUUUUUUGUCCCAUGAGAAUUCAUACUGCAGUAUGAAUCCUACCCUAUUAAUGAAAACUGUUGAACUGCUUCAUUUUCCUUUCUCCUCCUGAUUCUCAAUUCUUUACACAGUGAAAUCAUGCACUUCAAAAUCAGGAUGAUAAAUCAGUAUGAUAAUUCUUAUAAUAAUCCGUACGAUAAUUCUUCAAGAGCCGAGCGCAUUUAUUCAGAUAAUGACUAUGUGUGAUCGCUGAAUGUCAUUUAUGUGGCGACGUAGGGAGAAGCGGGGAUUUCUGCCAAAUCCAGACAGGAAGCUAAAGGGUGAACUCCACCCUAAUCCAAGUUCCCGUCCUUGAAUGUUUGCUUAUCUCCAUGUCUAUAAAAUCCUUUUUUUAAAAAAACAAAAACAAAAAAAGCUGUCUGGUGUUCUGACUGUGGGUGGUUCUUAAACAAAAUCCCAGUAAUUACACCUGCUGGUCUCCCCUCGGCAUAAAUGGGCCAGUAAUCAUCCCUUCCCAACUGAACGGCUGGUCAGCUGGGAUUACCCCCCUUUGGAGAGUAGAAGUGUACCAUGUGACAUAUCAGCAUACAAGAUUUUUAAAAUCCAGGAAAAAACUAAAAUUCAGAACUGAUCAGAAUGAAAUAUAGGCUAGAUCAAGUGGUGUUAGAUUAGGUGUCUGCUCAUUGUUCCAGGUUAUAAAAAUAUUAAGCGUUUGGGCAUCUGACAAUGGGAUCUCUUACUGUACUUCAGUGACACUUAUCUGUACACCAGGAAUUUGUCCACAACGUAUAUCUGACCUCUUGCUACGUUUACCUGCAAAAUGGGUCGUCUCUGAUCGCUAAGUAACGGCACAGAUGUUUUGAUACUAAAGCACUUGAAGAUGCAGUUUUUCUUCAUGUGGCAAUACAGUGCCGUCAGAGAAGAGCGUUUCAGGGUGACUCAGUCACUCAGAGUAUUAGGGAGGUGUGUUUGCUGUAGUGCUGCCUGCUUAUUGCCAAGUCCUCCUUUCUCUCUGCUCUGAAUUGGAUUUGUCAGGUAAUCACUGGUCAAGAUAAACCCUCAUCUCCCUAUUAAUGGAAUCCAGGUUGCCUCUCACCUUUCAUUCUGGUUAAAGAUUAUCAUUGAAAACCUGCUCUGCACCCUAGUUAUUCUCCUGGACGUGACUUUUCGAAGGUUAAAUGAACACUGCACCUUUUAGCGACUGUGGGAUAUUACAUAUUUUGUACAAACUUCUGCCUGAAGGAAAUGUACGGUGUAUAUUUUGUACAAACAUGCAGCUUUAUAUAUUCCUGAAUGUGAUGCGAUGUUAGGCUUUGUGUUCUAAGACGCUGACAAGUCAGGCACGCUGAAGAACACGACACUCACAUCGGCCGUGUUCAAAGACAAGGCGACUUUAAAAUGUGUUGCAUAUACUGUAAUCCUGUCUAUAAUUAUUCUGGUAGCAGGAGUAUAGUCAUUUAGUGCUUACUCUGUGAAUAUUUUUAUGUAUUUUUACAAUGUACAGUGUAGAAACACAUCCAGUGAUUAACGAGAAGGCAUGUUUCACUCAGUCAAACACACAAACAUACUCACACACACGGGCGCACACACUUAGACAAAAAAUAUGAAAAAUAAAACUGACGUUUUGCUGUGAGCAAUACCCUGUGGUAUGAGAAUGAUCUUUAGUCCGUUAGCUUAUUUCCACAGCUAGAAGCGUUUCCAGUUUUGUAUAAAAUGUGUUUCCUGAUUACCUCUUAUUAAUAAAUAUAUUAUAUCUCAGGGGAA